ACCAAUGUAUGCUUUUAUUACUUACAGUUUAUGUCAUUUUACUUAAAUUUUAGUGCACAUACAAGUAAUAAUGUUAAGCCUGAACGCACCAUGUAUACCAUGGGCCUGGAGUGCUUUCAUGCAAUGCCAUUAUAAAACAUUAGUAAAAUUGAAGGAGAAAAUGUGUGUAGAUGCCAGUAUUUCUAAAUGGACCGACAGAGAGACAGAUGCUAGUCUCUCAUUUCAGCACAUCAAAAUACAGCAGUCACUUAUCGAUAGACUGAUACCUGCCAUCGCGAAGUUGGAAGGUCCGAAUAGUCAUUUGCGAAUUGAAGCUUUAACUCCAAGAACUUUUGCUAGUAGCUUGUUGCAGGCCUCGUCCUCUGCACAUUUCCAAUACACUUCAGUACGAAAUUUCAGAACAAAAGCUUCACAUAGCAAAAUAGAACUUGAGCAGUUGCCGCAAGAAAAACUCAUUGAAGACAUGGUGAAGAACACAACUAAAUCUUUGGAUUUGAACACAAGAGAAGCCAUGAGCUUCACUUUGGGCCUAAAAGAAGGUGUUAGCUUAAAACCACCUAAUGAAGAGUCUGGUUCUUUUAAAUGGAGGAGGGUUGGAUCGAUAUUUUUUGUCGGCAUUGUAGCAUAUACCAUUUAUAAUUUGUUAAUGUCUAAUGAUUUAAAUAAAUCGGAAGGUUUUGACGGAGCCUCCGGUAAAAAGGACUACAGAGCAGAAAUUCCUGAUGUUUCAUUCGAUGAUGUUAAAGGAAUAGAUGAAGUUAAGAAUGAACUCAAGGACGUUGUUGAGUUUUUACGAGACCCUGAUAGAUUCACCGAUCUUGGUGGCAAGCUUCCCAAGGGUCUUUUAUUAGUUGGUCCUCCUGGAACCGGUAAAACUCUCUUAGCUAAAGCUAUUGCUGGAGAAGCAGAUGUUCCUUUUUAUUUUGCUUCAGGAUCUGAAUUUGAUGAAGUGUUUGUUGGAGUUGGAAGUGCAAGAAUAAGAAAACUUUUUGCUGAAGCACGUGAAAAUGCACCUUGCAUAAUAUUCAUAGAUGAAAUCGAUGCUUGUGGAAGCACCCGAACAUCAUCCCCAAUUCAACCAUAUGCAAGACAAACAAUAAAUCAACUCUUGCAGGAAAUGGAUGGAUACAGUGAAUCAGAAGGUGUUAUUGUGCUGGCUGCGACAAAUAUGUCUGAUGCUUUGGAUAAAGCCCUAACAAGACCUGGCCGUUUCGAUACACAGAUCAAUAUCUUACCACCUGAUAUCAAAGGCAGAAAAGAAAUACUGGAACUCUAUUCUUCAAGGAUAGUGCAUGGUGAUGAUCUUGAUUUGGACAAAAUUGCCUGUCUCACUGGGGGGAUGACUGGAGCUGCUUUAUCUAAUCUAGUGAAUCAAGCAGCUCUCAGAGCGGCUCAACAGAAUAAGUCAUAUGCAGAGCAGUCUGAUUUUGAAUUUGCUCUCGACAAACUUCAUUUGGGACCUGAAUUGAAAACUCGCGUCAGAACAGAAGCAGAAUUGGAACUAACCGCUUACCAUGAGGCUGGUCAUGCUUUAGUUGCCUAUUAUAGUCCCAAUACGCCUUCUAUUUACAAAGCUACUAUUGGACAAAGAGGCCCUGCACUUGGACACGUCUCCUAUAUUCAGACAGAAGAAGAUGAAACUGGCUCCACCAAAGCAAAGUUACUAGCCAUGAUCGAUGUUGCAAUGGGGGGAAGAGUUGCUGAAGAAAUAUUGAAAGGCAGUGACCAUGUUACAACCGGUGCGUCAUCAGAUUUGAAACAGGCUACUAAUAUUGCCUAUCAAGUUGUCUGCUCAAUGGGUAUGUCAGAAAAACUUGGUUUUAUGCAGUAUUCCUACAAACAUUCAAGCCCAGAGACUAAACUCAAAAUUGAGGCUGAAGUGAAUGAAAUCCUUAAAACUUCAUAUGCAAAAUCAAAGGACUUGCUCACAAAGCAUUCUCACCAACAUAAACUGCUUGCUAAAGGACUUUUGAAAUAUGAAACACUGACUCUUGAAGAAAUAAAAACUCUGCUAUCGACACAAAACAUCAAAUCAGUAGAAAAAAUGAGGAAUCAGACCUUGUCACAGAAUGUUCCAGAAAACUCAGAACUGAAACCCGGUACUGAUAGCAUUCCCUCACCAAUGUAAAUUAUUUGUAUCUGGUAUUUAAUCAUAACUUGUCUUUUGUGCAUAUUAUUCUUCAUUUCCUUCGCAUUGCAAUUUUUAUCGAAUUAUAGUAAUAAAAGAAUUCAUUUGACAGAA